AUGGGUGAAGUGAAGGUGAUUGGAUCAACUUUAAGCCUAUUCUGCACGAGAAUUGAAUGGGCUCUGAAGCUUAAAGGGGUUGAAUAUGAAUACAUAGUGGAAGAUUUAAUGAACAAGAGUCCAAUCCUUCUGAAAUACAAUCCUGUGCAUAAGAAAGUCCCUGUGCUGGUUCACGAUGACAAACCGAUUGCUGAAUCACUUGUAAUUCUUGAAUAUAUCGAUGAGUUGUGGAAAGAAAAGUACCCUUUACUGCCUGAAGAUCCAUGUGAGAGAGCCAUGGCUCGCUUCUGGACUAAAUUUGCUGAUGAGAAGUGUUAUGCUUGA